AUUCACCUCUUCCUUCACCAGGACUUCACAUAUUCUCCCAUCAUGGCUACUGCCGAUGUUCAGCCACCUCCAGCAGAAGCUCCCCCUGCGCUCCCAGAUUAUCUUACAGACCCUGAUGCUGUUCUAAAAGACUCCAAAGCAAAAUGGCGCUAUGGUAGAGCCCCAGACUACUCAAAAACACGCCAGGUUUAUGAAGAGACUAAGCGAAUGUCCCAUGAAGCAAGAUCACUCCCAGAGCUCGUCCAAAACCUUGUUAAGAAUUGGGAAGUGGAGGCAUCCUUCAAGUCCUCGUUGGAUGAUUGGCGAACUAUUGAUCACAAGAACUACUCAUUUGCGAUAAACGGUGGAGACCCGCAAACCGCUGAACAUAUGCUCAAACACGGAACAUACAACGCUAUUAUCAGUCCGAAUGAAUACUAUAGUCCCGAAUACUCAGACUUCGCAUCCUCGCACAAGACCUUCAAGCGGAUGAUGCCGACAUUUGCUUGGGAGGUGCUCGAGGUGUACAGUGGCCCACCUCAAGUUGCGUUCCGUUGGCGACAUUGGGGGGUGAUGAAGAAUGACUAUGUGGGCUUCAAUAACAAAGGAGAGAAAGUUACGGCCAAGGCACACGGGGGUGUUAUUGACAUCCAAGGUGUUACUGUUGCUACAGUAAAUGACAAAGUCCAACUACAGUCAGUCAGAACAUGGUUUGACCCGCUGGACAUGUUCCGGCAGCUUGCUCCCGAUGGUGUUGUUCAGAAAGAUGCCGUUGACAAGAGUCUCUCGCCCUCGGAUGCUCUGGACAGUGAUGCUGAGAAGCUAGUCGAGAGUACUUCGUGUCCUUUCACAGGAACAGACCCUCAAAGUGCUGUUGCUCCUUUCCCCCCAACUGGAGUGGAGCAAAUCCACUCGCGCAAGCUUAGCCCUGGCCCCAGCGAAUGAACGAAGGUCUCACAGUUAAACGUCUCAGAACAAUCCUCAACUCGACCGUCUCUGGAUGGAUCUGAGCGUUCUGAGCAUGCCUAACCUAGAUACCAUUUCACGCCUCGAGUGGCAAAUUGUUUUUUUUAAAAUAUUAGCGCUUACUGGAAUAUGAAUAAGGGGGAUCUGAUUCAUUUGGACCGUUGUUAGACAAAGAGAGGACGUAAAGAGGAUGCGGAUAUCUGUCUUGAAUCAAAUCCUGGUUCUGUUCAGUGAUAAGUACAAGUGCAAUGUGAUUACGAACCCUGGUGGCAAAAUCUUGUACAAUCAUGAUCUGUGUUACAAUCUUUCCGAUUGCUCAUAGUUGGCGUAGUCGUUUGCAUUUUGCAUUCUGGUACUUCUGCUCUCUUCAAAUCUUGAAGCACUUGGAUAAAGAAUGAGCGCUAUUCAUUCUUAGUUUUGAAAUAGCGCAAUUCUUGACAAAUGUUCGAUUUCUC